GCGUUUCUAGGUGGACCUGGAAGCAACUUUCCCCAGCUGUUCCUGCCUGUGCAGUAGUUCAACCCAUGGCCGCUGGGAGCAUCUGCUGCCUGCUGCCCCCAGGGCCAGAACCUGGGAUACUGAGCCCUCACUAGUGUCCUGGGCAGGGCCUACCAGGUUCCCUCUGCUGCUUGAGCAGGUGGUGGACCAGAAGAACUGUCCCCCGAGACUCACCACAACUGAGAACCCAGGCCUUGGGGCCAGCACCCUCCGUGGGAGAGCCGCCCACUUAAAAGGGUAUGUAGGGCUCAGCUCAGGGGUGCGGCAGACGCCCUGGAGGUCAGCAGGGCUGGGGUUAGGGGGGCAGUUGCUCUGAACGUAGCCCACACGGUUGAAGACCACUGCCUGUGGCUGUGGCUAUACAGGGCAGGGGACCCAUGGUGUCCUCCACACCUGGGGUGUCUCUUGGUCUCAUUUGGACCAAACCAGGCUCUUAUUGCCCUGCCUCUCAGGUCAGCCAGUCAGACACAGGGUCACAGGACACUCUCCCAUCCAGUCUCAGAGCAGGCACUCCUGGGGCCCCAGACCCCUGGGAAAAGCACAUUCUGGCGGUGGCUGCGUUUGAUCUCCCCGCUGCCCCCACGCCCAGGAGGAGCUUCCAUCCUUCCUGAAUGUCACGGGCCUGGAGGGGCAGGCGAAGACCUUUGGGUCCUUGCAGUUCCUUAAGCUCUCCUGGGACACGCUGUUCUCAGGGUGCUCUUAGAUGCCCUUGAUCUCUCUCAGGACUGUGCUGCCCCGCGCAGGGCCACACACAGCCGCUGAGAUUCAGAUCAGUCCAAGUAAACACCCUCACCGCGUCUCUAGUGUCCACAGCCCUUGUGACCGGCGCCUGUGCCGGCCAGCACACACAGACCGUUCCCUCCCUGUCCACUGCUCUAGUACCCCACUUUUUUGGCAAGCACCAUAACCCUUUGAGGAAGGGCCUGGACCAGGAGACAGGUGCCUGGGUUUCAGAAGGCGGGAAGCAGGCUCUCUAAAUGCAAAGUUCUGCCAUGCGUCAGCCUCCCCCAGGCCGUGCCCAUCAGGUACCUUUGUGCUGCAAAGGCUUCACCUCCAGCAGGAAGGGUUUAGAUUUGACCCCAAGACCUGCUGGCACGGUGUGACCACGAGAAGGGGUAUGGGGAAGGUUGUGGAAUCUUCCUUGGGAAGGGAGCAGAACCCCACCGUUGCUGCGCUUAACACAGAGCCCCUGCACCUUUGCCUGGACGUAGUGACUACCAGGUGGCAGUCCAGCCUGGCCUGCUCUGGGGAAGACCCAGGCCCAGGGUUGGAUGGGGGAGCCAGAGGGGUUGGCCAGCCCUGCCCCCUCUUGCAGGCCAGCUUUGAUCCCAGGGCCUGGAGGGAGGAGGGGCUCCGGUUACAGCGUUUCCCCCUCCUCUCUCCGGCCGGAGCCGCCCUUCUCCGCCCCUUGGUGACCCUCAUGGCCAGUGUCUCUGUGCUCCUGGGCGCUGGCCCCUCCCCAGCCUUCCUCUCCUCUCCCCGCCCCCUGCCCUGAGCUGACCAGAGGGGCCAGGAGGGGGAGGGGCCGGUGCCACAGGCACAGACUCAGCUCGGAGAGACCCGGAACCCACCCAGCCUGAGACUUGAGCGUCUGCUGUGAGCUCCAACCUUGGGGGACAGAGGGGAGUCCAGGGGCAGGGGGCAGGGGCACCGAUCACAGAUCUGGGAGGGUGGAUGCCUGCAGGGAGUGGGGAUCGGCAGGGCCUGAGGAGGGGCUAGCGGCCACACCCCCCCACCCCCUGGUCCCUCGGUCCCCAUGCCGGCCCUGAGGCCACUCCUGCUGCUGUUGCUCCUGGUUGGGCUGACUGCGGGGGCCAGCCUGCCGCCGGGGCCCAGGAGCCACCCGGGUGUGUGCCCCAACCAGCUCAGCCCCAACCUGUGGGUGGACGCCCAGAGCACCUGUGAGCGUGAGUGCGUCAGAGACCAGGACUGUGCUGCCACUGAGAAGUGCUGCACCAACGUGUGUGGGCUGCAGAGCUGCGUGGCAGCCCGCUUCCCUGACAGCGGCCUGGCCACACCCAAGCUGGCGGCCUCAUGUGAUGGCUUCGUGUGCCCACAGCAGGGCUCCGACUGCGACAUCUGGGAUGGGCAGCCUGUGUGCCGCUGCCGUGACCGCUGUGAGAAGGAGCCCAGCUUCACCUGCGCCUCGGACGGCCUCACCUACUACAACCGCUGCUACAUGGAUGCAGAGGCCUGCCUGCGUGGCCUCCGCCUGCACGUCGUGCCCUGCAAGCAUGUCCUCAGCAGGCCACCCAGCAGCCCCGGGCCCCCCGAGACCACCGCCCGCCCAACACCCGGGGAUGCCCUGGUGCCGCCUGCCCUCUACAGCAGCCCCUCCCCACAGGCAGUGUAUGUAGGGGGCACAGCCAGCCUCCACUGUGACGUCAGUGGCCGCCCGCCACCCGCUGUGACCUGGGAGAAGCAGAGUGACCAGCGGGAGAACCUGAUCAUGCGGCCAGACCAGAUGUAUGGCAACGUGGUGGUCACGAGCAUCGGGCAGCUGGUGCUUUACAAUGCCAGGCCAGAGGACGCCGGCCUCUACACGUGCACCGCGCGCAAUGCCGCUGGCCUGCUGCGGGCCGACUUCCCGCUCUCCGUGGUCCAGCGGGAGCCGGCCGAGGACGGGGCCCCAGUGGCCGCCGCCCCAGCCCAAUGCCUACCCACCACGCAGGCCUGUGUCGGCACCCCCUCUGGCCAGGUCCUUUGGCACUUUGACCCGCAGCGGGGCGGCUGCAUGACCUUCCCAGUUGGCAGCUGUGCCGGGGGUGCCCAGGGCUUCGAGACCUAUGAGGCGUGCCAGCAGGCCUGCGCCCGUGGCCCCAGGGACGCCUGCGUGCUGCCGGCCGUGCAGGGCCCCUGCCAGGGCUGGGAGCCGCGCUGGGCCUACAGUCCGCUGCUACAGCAGUGCCACCCCUUUGAGUACAGCGGCUGCGAGGGCAAUGGCAACAACUUCGAGAGCCGCGAGAGCUGCGAGGACGCCUGCCCCGUACCGCGGACACCGCCCUGCCGGGCCUGCCGUCUCCGGAGCAAGCUGGCGCUCAGCCUGUGCCGCAGCGACUUCGCCAUCGUGGGGCGGCUCACGGAGGUGCUGGAGGAGCCCGAGGCGGGCGGCGGCGGCGGCAUCGCUCGCGUGGCCCUGGACGACGUGCUCAAGGAUGACAAGAUGGGCCUCAGGCUCUUGGGCACCAAGUACCUGGAGGUGACGCUGAGCGGUAUGGACCGGGCCUGCCCCUGCCCCAACGUGACGGCUGGCGACAGCCCGCUGGUCAUCAUGGGCGAGGUGCGAGAUGGCGUGGCCAUGCUGGAUGCGGGCAGCUACGUCCGCGCAGCCAGCGAGAAGCGCAUCAAGAAGAUCUCGGAGCUGCUAGAGAGGAAGGCCUGCGAGCUGCUCAACCGCUUCCAAGACUAGCCCGGCCACCCGCCCCACCCCGCCCUCCCCACAAACCACCCACUCCUGGCCCGCCCCGCCCUCCCCGCCCUCCGCCUAAAUAAAAGCGUCCUGGACCUCA